CAGUGUUGGUCAGAGCUGAGUGCAUCACAGCUGCUGCCCUGAGAAAAGAUCAGCUUUAAAUCAGCUACAAGAGGCUCAGGUCCCCUCAGCCGCUCACUUCAGGUCACUAAUCAGAGCUGAGAGGAGCUGCCUCCACUUUAGAGAGGUGAAGAAGAGAGAGUAGGGCAGACAGAGGAGGGCGUGACAGGCAGCCAGCCGAGCAGGCAAGCUGCUGCUGCUGGAGGAAGAGCAGGCGAUGCACCAGCCAAAGCCAGAGGUCAAGAAAAAAAGUGACAGAAUAGUGAAAAGGUAGACUCUGGGUGAGAAGGAGGUCAUUUGUGAUCUGAGCCAGAAAAACCAGACACCAGCCUCUCUUUGUUGUAGUGUGGGCCACCGUGUGGGGAGGAGGAUGUGAAGCAGAGCAGCAGGGAGGAAGGGAGGCCACUGCAAGAAAGACGAGAAAAUGCUCUCAGAGAUGAUGUGCAGGAGGAGCUGCCAGCAGCAGCAGCAGCAGCAGGAUGCAAAGGAGGCUCCACAGAGGGACGCUGCCAACCGCAGCCAGCGUGGCUGGUCCAAGAGCUGCAGGGGGCGCCUGCAGGGGCGGAGGACAGGGGGGGGAGGGUGGUCGAGGGGGCGCAAUCACCCCCACCCUCAACGUCAUCAUCAUCAUCCCCGACACCUCCAGACGGCGUUGAUGUCGCUCCGGCCCGUCAACGUUAAGGGGAACAGAGUGAGGGGGAUGCGGGCCCCCAAGAACACCAACCAGUUUCUCAUGCACGAGAAAUACCAGAUGCUGCACCUGCGCUCCGACUCAGUGGGGAGCGACAGCGCCAGCAGCUCCGACAGCGACACGGAGCUGACGGACAUGGACUCAUACCUGGGCAUCCUGGAGAAUGCCAGAGGAGCCCUCCUGGACAGUCCCAAACCACGCGGCUCGACGACGACACCACCAGGUCAGUUCCUGGUACUGCACGAAGACAGCCUGCGUCUGCAGGAAGAGGACAAUCUGCGUCUGCAGGAGGACAGCAUGCAGUAUUUCCCCUCAGAGGACGACCUCAAGCAGAGCCAGAACUUCAUGCAGAGGGACUUUGUUGAGUUCUGUGACAUCCUGACAUCCUGAAGGGAAACUCUCAGGAGGCCAUUUUGUUCUCAGCUGCAAAAGACUCCAACGUUGCUCUGACUGUAAGGAGUCAGGUUUGUUCUGCUUCAUGUUCACAGAAAGUAAAUAAAUAAAUGUCCACCUUAUCAAGUAAUUUAGCCUUAAAAGUUGAAGGAUCUGCCGGCAGACUGAGGUCAUCCCAUUAGUUUCCUGCAGGAGCAAAGUUGUUUUUAAAUUCUUUUAAAUUGAGUGUAAUUUUUUUUACAUUCCUGCAGUUACCUGCCUUAUUUCGUCUUGUUUAGAUUCUGGCUCUGAUGUUAAAUGAACAACAAGGGAAAGUGCUCUGAGAGGAAGUGGAAUCAUCUCACCCUGUCGGCUUAUUUCCAGGUUAAAGACACAACGUUAACUCCGAUGUAAGAUUAAAUGAUUUUAUUAAGACGGAUGUUUGUUCGUGGGAUUUUUUACAUGUCCUGUGUGGUCCAUGCUUGCUCGUGUACAUUGUGUACGGGGGCUGUAAAGUGCUGCCUUCUCUGUUGUUGUUGUUGCACACAAAGGAAGAUGGGCUGGGUGGUGGGAGUGAGUCCGCACAGCCAAUCAGAAUCCAGCUGCCUGGAUUACAGUGCAUUCGAUUGGCUGAUGCAGACUGUCAUUAAUAAAAUUUAAAAAAGCCUUUAACUGUAAAGACUGAAAAAAAAAAAAAAAAACGGAAAUAAUAAACAUGUGAUUGAUGUAA